UUAUUAACUUCCAUCUAUAGUCAAAACCAUUUCUGCGUCCUCUGAAUAGAAACACUGGCUGGCCAAUUUGUCCGUCCAACAUGAGAUGGACAGAUUGUUGCUGCGUGGGCAGCUGUUGCUUUUGCAUCUUCACUUUCAUAUCAGGUUUUAUAACUUUAAUCGUGUGGUCUUCUAUCGCUUACAAGUAUGAACCCAGAUUCUUCAUAGAAGACUUUUAUGUCCCAAACCUUAAUGUAACCGAUAACAAUUCCACUUCUUCUUCUGCUCCAACCAACCACAGUCUCUACUUUGAUCUUAGGCUCAAAAACAGGAACCUCUUCGAUCCUGUGCGCUACAGUGAUACAAACAUCAGCUUCUUCUACCGUCAAAAUAGUAGCCUAAUAAUACCCAUCGGAAACUAUACCUUCCCGAAGUUCAAACAAGGCCAAGGCAAAACAGCCCACCGGAAAGCCUUGGUGGAGACUUACGGAAUGCCGUGGGAGGCUGCUUAUGCGACUGUGCUGAACGGGUCAACGGUGACUUUUCGGGUUGGACUAUCCACUUGGGCAAUCUACAACUACUGUACUGAAGAUAAUUGUUAUGAUCGUGCAUUUGUAUUGGUCGAGGCGGCUGACGUGGGCGUGGAUGGAUCCGGUCGGAAAGUCAACAAACAUGGCAUUCGGCUUAUCACCACCUCACGGGUUGUAAAGUACAUCUCCGCCACACCACCGGCGCGUACUCCCCACCCUUUCCUCCUCAUGGGACUUCCGGUUAUGCUUUCUGUUCUGCUUUUCAAUACGUGAAAAUUGGAUUUUGGCAGUACAGCAAGGAGAAACAACCUCCAAUCACAUCCUGCUCUCCGGCCCUUUUGGCUUUCUCUCCUGUACUAGGGUUUGUUGAUUUUAGUGACACCAUCGGCAAAGUUGGCAAUUGUUCGAAUAAUUGCAUCUUAACUGUGCAUGCCUAGUCUUGAACUCACAUUUUCAUAUUUUAUCUCUCC